AUGGGUGACGAAGAAGCGCAGCGAGGUGAGAGUGGAGGUACAGGUACAGAUCAACAAAGUUCGAAGCCAACUGAAUCGAGGAAAGCUAAUGAGGCUGAUCUUGAGGGUUCGUAUACAGGAGCAUUACUAUUAGCGAUACUUUCGUCGAGUAUUGGGGGUUCAUUUCAGUUUGGCUAUCAUAUCGGCUGUAUCAAUGUACCAAGUCAGGUGAUGAAAGAUUGGUUUAGAGAUUCUCACGAAAUUCUUACUGGAAAUAAACUGGAGGAAAAGGAUAUUGCUAAAUAUCAAUGGGGAAUAACGGUAUCUUUAUUCGCGGUGGGAGGUAUGGUUGGUGGUCUGGCUUGCGGCUGGGCUGCGGAUCGUUUCGGUCGGAAAGGGGCGAUGAUAGCGAACAAUGUGGUCGCGAUGUUGGCAGCGCUGUUCAUGUCGAUCGCACGUUUCGUUAAUACGUAUCAUUUGAUCAUGAUCGGUCGUAUUCUAAUUGGAAUUAAUGCUGGCGCAAGCUCUGGCCUGGUACCGAUGUAUCUAAUCGAAAUAUCGCCUGUAAAUUUGCGUGGAACCAUCGGAAGUAUACCGCAAUUCAUGGUGACUUUCUCGAUUCUCUUCUCACAAAUCCUUGGUUUACCGCAAGUACUUGGUACAGCUGAACAUUGGCCACUCAUUUUUGCAUUCACCGCGGUACCGGUGUUGAUACAAGUAUGUACGUUGCCAUUCUGCGUAGAAUCACCAAAGUAUAACUUGAUAGUCAGAGAUCUGGCCGAGCAAGCUGAAGAAGAUCUGAAGAAACUGAGAGGCAAAAACGAUGUGGGUGCGGAAAUGGACAUUAUGCGUGAAGAGGCAGCAGCGAUGGCCAAGGUGGAAAAAGUGAAAAUGGGUGAUCUGUUCAAGGGCUCGCUUGCAUGGCCGAUGUUCAUCGCAAUAAUGAUGAUGAUCGCGCAACAGUUCAGCGGUAUCAAUGUGGCCAUGUUCUUCUCAACGUCCAUUUUCGAGGGUGCCGGUCUUAAGGACAAUGCCAUUUAUGCCACCCUCGGUAUGGGUGCUUGCAAUGUGCUCAUGACCGUCGCCUCUGUUUUCUUGGUUGACAAAUGCGGCCGUCGUAUUUUGCUUUUGCUCGGUCUCCUUGGAAUGCUUAUCGCGUCGGUUCUUCUCACCAUAUCAAUUAGCCUUUAUGUUGCUAACAACGAAAGUAACCAAUGGGCAGCAUACUUAUCGAUGCUAUUCGUGUUCGGAUUUGUUAUCUCGUUCGCUACCGGACCAGGUUCAAUUCCGUGGUUCUUCGUGUCGGAAUUGUUCGAUUCUGGUGCACGUGGCGGUGCAAAUUCAGUGGCAGCAAACGUCAACUGGACAUCGAACUUCAUCGUUGGCCUCUCUUGGGAAUUCCUUAACCAAUCAUUGAAGCAUUACGCCUUCCUCAUAUUCGCCUGUUUCCAAGGAUUCUUCAUCUUUUUCGUGUACGUUUACGUGCCUGAGACAAAGGGUCGUAGCAUUGAGGACAUUAAACAAGAAAUGAAACGAGGCAAAUCGAUUUGGGCUCGUCAGGGUGGUGGAGGUGACUGA